GCAGAAUACUAGUACAGUUGGACAUGUAACAACUCUCCCGGCGUUUUAGAAACACUGUAACCUAACUGUAUCAAUUGACAUUGAAACAAUGUACAGUAUCUAGUACAAGAGGACAAACAGUCACAGAAUAUCCUGGCAACCUUCACUCCAUUCUACACAAGUAGGUAGAAUAAGCAAGCGUUCUGGCAGCGGUCAAAAAUGUUAGAAGGUUAGCUAGCUUUCUCAAGUGGACUAAAAGUAGAAGUUUGAUAAAUAAAAUCAUGACAACAGGAAUGGAGAACUGCGCCCAACCACUGUUUACAUUUGGAAUAAUCGCUGACAUUCAAUACGCCGACAUUGACGAUGGUUUCAAUUUCAAACACUCAAGGAAACGAUACUACAGGAACAGUCUUCGCCUAUUGCACAAUGCACAGGAGAGGUGGACCGCGGAAACUGUCAAGCCCCGGUUCAUCCUUCAGCUUGGUGACAUUAUCGAUGGCUUCAACAAGAGGCAUGACGCAUCAGAGCGGGCCCUGGAAACGGUGAUGAAAGAGUUUGACUCCUCUCCGGUUGAAGUCCACCACGUUUGGGGCAACCAUGAGUUUUAUAACUUUAGCAGAGACACCCUACUGCGGUCGGUUCUCAAUAGUACUACAGAUUCUGAAGCAGGAGGGGGGCAUCUCAGCAUCUGUGGUAUCUAUGCAUAUCAUUUCAGUCCAGCCCCCAAAUACCGAUUUGUCGUUUUGGAUGCCUAUGAUGUGAGCCUACUAGGGAGAGAGGAGUCCAGUGUGCAAUACCAGCAGGCUAUUGAUAUUUUAAAAGCCCACAAUGACAAUGAAGAUCUGAACCACCCCCCAGGUAGGUCUGCUGUUAGUCAGGAGGUAUGGACCUUUAGCACAGGUAGUGCACCUGCCCUGUUAACUGCAGGGUUGCUAGUUUAAGCACUGUUCCCCCACAAGCGUAAUACACUAACCUCAUCCCAUAACUUAUGAUCAGACUAAGCUACCACCAGUAACUACUAUUUUAUUGAUACUGCACAAUUCCAUGUAGCUUGACUGUGGAUAACCUAAAGCCACAGUAGGCCUAAUGCUCAGAAUAAGAGGUGUUUCACAUGAAUUGAAGUAUUUGACACCUGUUUAAUAAUGUCUUUCUCCAUAUGUUUUAGUACCUGUGGGGCUGGAGCAGAGGUUUGUGAAGUUUAAUGGAGGAUUCAGUCAAGAUCAGCUGGACUGGCUGGAAGGAGUUUUGUCGUUGGCAGACAACAAACUGGAGAGGGUCAUCAUUGUCAGUAAGUCAAGUCAUGAGGCCUACAUAACAAAUGUCAUAGCAUUCAGUAAUGUGACUCUAGACGAAUUCUAGACAAAUUGACUAAAUCAUUUUGACUGUUUCCUUGUACAGGCCAUCUCCCUAUCCACCCCAGCUCUACAGAUCAUAUCUGCCUAGCCUGGAACUACGAUGCGCUGCUCUCCAUCCUCCAGGCCCAUAAGAGUGUAGUCUGCUUCAUGGCAGGACACGACCAUGAUGGAGGGUAUCACAGAGAUGACUUCGGAGUGCACUACCUCACACUGGAGGGGGUGAUAGAGACCCCCCCGGACAGUGACGCCUUUGGUACAGUCUCUGUGUAUGAGGACGGGAUGUUUUUAAAAGGAUAUGGAAGGAUGUCUGAUAGACUACUGAUGUAUCCAUGAUAAUGCCAAAGAUUCUACGGCUAAACGGAAUCUGGGGAGGGACAAUUCCUUGGGUCCUCAUAUACACUGAGUAUACAAAAUAU